GUCACGCAAAUAGUCUGAGUAGAUUUGUUUCACUAUUUGAAUAACAGCACAGUGCAAAGCACAGCUUUCCAUUUGUUUUGUUUCUGUAUCCUUCAACUUCUUUUAAAUGGAGUCUGUUAGGAGCUGUUCGGGACUUUUUUCGAGAGCACGUUGUGACCAUAGAAAUACUAUUGCGGUUACGCCUUCUACUAGCUAGCUAUACUGACUUGUAAAAUGUAUUUGCAGCGAAGCUGUUAUAGCUAAUGUCAGCAGUUACGCAUACUACCAGAGCCGAAGACAUCUUCAACAAGCUGUCUGGAGUUAUUGUUCAACGCAGAGGCUUUCGAGUGGAGCAUCAAGUGCUGACGGGGCUGUUUUUGGAGACUACAGUGGGGGGUGCAUACUGGAGAAGAAAGAGGCUGGGCAGGAAGCAUGUCCACUGUCAAUGAGCCCACGUUCACAGUCAAGCUGCUGCAGCUGCUGCUGCUCUCCACCUACUGGGGAAUGCAGAUUUGGGUCACCUUUAUUUCAAGCUUUGUAAUGGACAACCACCUGAACAGACACACUUAUGGGUUUAUCCAGAGUCGCCUUGUCCCAUUCUACCUCCACCUGGGUUCAGCUUGUGCCUUCUUUAACCUCACUAUCUACGCUGUGUAUCAUCCCAGCGACACGCUGAACGACAGAGAAUCCUUCCAGAUCUUCAUCUUCUUUGUGUCGGUGACAGUCGCGGCUAUCAACGCUCAGUGGUUUGGCCAAAUGACAUCCGAGAUCAUGGCGGACAUGCACCUUAUCGAGCAGGCGUGCGGACUGGGUCAGGACAUCGGCCUUUCUUCGAACCGCGAAGCUUACGCCAAGCUGUGUGAGACGGACCUCAAAUACAGACACCUCAGCAGUCGCCUGUGGCUGUACAGACUGCUGUCCUCCCUCUGUAACCUCUGCUGCUUAGGCUGCAACUUCUACAGCCUCUGUUACAUCGCUGAGAACCUCGACAAACUUUGAGAAAUUGUCAGUCUCACACACUCACUUUUAAAUCUAAAUGUACUGUGUAUAUUUUUGUACAAAACCAGUAAGUCAUAUAUUUAAUACAUUAUUUUUUGUCUCUCUGCCGUGAGAUACAAAGUUAGGUGAGCCUUGUUGUUCUUGUGCUUUGGGAAUUAAUGAAAGGAUACAAAUGGCGUGCUAAGAUUUUGGCCCUCGAUUUGUCUUGCUUUUGAAACAAACGGGGCCACGAAAGCUGCAUUUCUCUCCUUAAGGUCGUAAGGAGACAAUCCAGUUUCUGGAAUGAGUUACGUUCACCUUUCACCUAGUGUGGCUGACGCUAGUGGCAGCCUUGAUACUUUCCCUCCACUAUUACGAUUAAGUACCUUUCAGGGACCUAAAAAAAGCAUUGCAACAUUAGAGAUGUUUUGUAAUUGCAGCAUCAGAAAGAUUAUAACAGAAUAGCUACAUUUUUCCCAUCUUUUUAUGUGUAAGCAAAAGAAAAACCUCAAGAUGUGCUCCCGUGCUGCUCAGUCCUGCUCUUCCUGUUUGGGUGUAGUGUAAAUACUUUGUUCACAGUGUGGUGUCACAGGUUUGUCUGGCUUAACUUUAUGAUAACUUAAGUAAAGUAAACUGAAAGGUUGUACUAUCUUGAGCUCUCCUGGCUGCUUCUUUUCCUAUAUGGUAAAGAAUCAAUUCUGCUUUUAGCCUUUUCAACACUUGUACCAGUGGUUUGUUUAUUGGUACAUUGGAAUUAUAAUUAAUUGGUGUUCAUAAACAGUUCCAGUGUGUUGCCCGGUAAUUAUGUAGAUGCUAAGAUUGGUUGCACAGCAGGUUGAUCUAAGUGUGAGAAAGAAUGGUAUGGUACAAAGUGUUGUUUAGACUUGCUGAGAUGACGUGGGUCUAUUACGACAAUAGUACGGAGUUCCUAGAAAAUCACGGUGGAAACAACUUUUCUAAACUAAUUAUAUGUUCCUGUGUAUUGACUUUUGCGUUACCUCACAAGUAGUCUCACAUUGCCAGACCUAUCUCAAAAGCGCGAGUAUGAUCCGGCUGAAUGAGUUAAAGGAGAAUUCCUUUACCUCUGUUGUUUGUAAAUGUGGAGGUCUGUCAGUAGAGAGAAAAACCAAACCAAUCGGUGCUGC